AUGGCGACAGGCAAGGUUAAGAUGCUUUUUUCAGACGCUCCUCGGGACGCUUAUGAAAAGCUCUUGUCGCCACAGCUGAAGCAACGAAUGGAGCAGGAGAAUGAGGCGAUCCGUUUGAAGCAAGUGAGAAACGAAUUAAGUGUUGUUCAGAAGCGCCGGGACAAAAAUAUUGCCUUGGCUGCCGCAUUUGAGGAGAUACGCGACCGUCUUAGACGAUUAGAGGAGGAAACUAUUGCCUGUCGAGAUACUUUGGCAAAGGUAACGAAUGCUGCACAGAAUUCGAAAGAUAACGAAUUCGCGGAGACUUUAAAGGUUCACGAGGUGGCGUCAUCGCCAACUUGGCUAACAUCGUCGCUUGACGGUGCGCAGGGUCGAAGGGUCAAGUAUGAUCAGGAGGUAUUGCAGCAGGAUGUGGCAAAGUAUAUCUCUGAACAAAAAGAGUCAAAAAUAUGA